UAUUCACUUUAAAUAUUACAUUAUACUCAUCACUUGUGUCCAUUUCUACACUCACUGUACAACAGAUAUGGCUUCUCUAUCUUGCUCAGCCACAGACUUCGCUCCACUCCUCACCACCGCUGCAAACGCUACCGCUGUAGCUGACUACCUAUGCACCCAAUUCAACACCAUCUCAAAUAAACUCAGCGACACCACUUAUGCAAUAGACAACACCUACCUUCUCUUCUCAGCUUAUUUAGUCUUUGCCAUGCAGCUUGGUUUCGCUAUGCUCUGCGCUGGCUCCGUUCGAGCCAAAAACACUAUGAACAUCAUGCUCACCAAUGUCCUUGACGCUGCAGCCGGUGGCCUCUCCUACUAUCUCUUCGGCUUUGCUUUCGCCUUUGGAGCACCCUCCAACGGCUUCAUUGGCCGCCACUUUUUCGGUCUAAGGGAUUAUCCUUCACCUUCCGGUGACUACAGCUUCUUCCUCUACCAGUGGGCCUUCGCCAUCGCUGCUGCCGGUAUCACCAGCGGCUCCAUUGCAGAGAGAACUCAAUUUGUCGCCUAUCUCAUAUAUUCUUCUUUCUUAACCGGUUUUGUUUAUCCCAUCGUUUCGCAUUGGGUUUGGUCCGCUGAUGGUUGGGCCAGCCCAACACGAACCGACGGUGAUGUUUUAUUUGGGUCUGGUGUAAUCGACUUUGCCGGUUCAGGUGUGGUUCACAUGGUGGGUGGUAUAGCAGGGUUAUGGGGAGCAUUUAUAGAAGGUCCUAGAAUAGGGAGGUUCGACCGGACGGGCCGGUCUGUUGCAUUAAAAGGACAUAGCGCGUCGUUGGUGGUGUUGGGUUCUUUUUUAUUAUGGUUCGGUUGGUACGGGUUCAACCCCGGUUCAUUUUUAACAAUUGUAAAAAGCUAUGGAAAUAUGAGUAACAAAAGGAAUUAUUAUGGUCAAUGGAGUGCUAUUGGAAGAACAGGUGUCACAACGACAUUGGCUGGAUGCACUGCAGCUUUAACAACUUUGUUUAGUAAACGGUUAUUAGUUGGACACUGGAAUGUGACUGACGUGUGUAACGGUUUACUUGGCGGUUUUGCUGCUAUAACUGCGGGUUGUUCUGUUGUGGAACCAUGGGCCGCGAUUGUGUGUGGGUUUGUUGCUGCGUGGGUUUUGAUUGGGCUUAAUAAAUUGGCGAUUAAGGUGAAGUAUGAUGAUCCAUUAGAGGCUGCGCAAUUACACGGAGGGUGUGGCGCAUGGGGGGUGUUGUUUACGGGAUUGUUUGCAAAGGGGGAGUAUGUUGAUGAGAUUUAUGGAGUUGGGAGGCCGUAUGGAUUGUUGAUGGGUGGUGGUGGGAGGUUGUUUGCAGCGCAGGUGGUUGAGGUGUUGGUUAUUUGUGGGUGGGUUACGGUCACAAUGGUGCCGUUAUUUUAUGGGCUGAAUAAGAUGAAAUUGUUAAGGAUAUCGAGGGAUGAUGAGACUGCGGGGAUGGACUUGACUAGACAUGGUGGGUUUGCUUAUGCGUAUCAUGAUGAGGAAGAUGACGAAUCUAUUAGGAAAUUAGGGUUUAUGAUGGGUAGGAUUGAGCCUGCCACGAGUGUGUCUCCCUCUGCCAUCGGACACGAUACACCGGUGGCAACAAGUGCACCUCCAGUGUGAUAUCAUCACUAUUCACUCCUAUGAUCAUAAUUAAUUGAAGACUUUUAUCGAGACACUUUUAAAAUUUCAACAUCUUAUUUUAUCUAUAUCUCUCUUCUUAUCACACCAUUAACUUAUCACAUCUAUUCACACACUCUCCCUCUCUCAAUGUUUAGAUUGAUUUUAGGUGCCACAAAUGAUUUUGGGUUGUUCAUGUAAUCAACUAGUAUAUAGCUUGAUAAUUUGUAUAUAUUCGUAGACAUGGUCCAUUUAUAAUUGAGCAUGAAGGAAUCAUGGAAGAAACAAGCGUGGUGACCGCUCAGUUCUUGGUCAUAGGAACUAGAAUGUAGUGCCUUUCUUAUGUUAAACAUGAGGAAUGAUAUUUUGACAACCAUUUUUAACAA